AUGGUGGUCGAUUUGCACUGCACCACAUCUUCGCAUUUCUCGUCUUCAACAUGGGGUGCGGUCGAGGAACCGCCGGGUCAGCAUGUUGAGUGUGGGAGGAAGAACUUCCGCAAGGUAGAGCGCAUCGUGCGUUCGAUGACCACAGAAAGGCUAGCGGCGGCGAGGGUCGAGUUGGAGAGCUCGGGUAAGACGACCGAUGGUGACGUGAAGGAGCUUCUCAGGAGCCUCUCGCUUUACGGCCACCGGCAGCCCAUGUCGAGAGAGGUCCGUCUCAAUAUGCGGCGGAAAAUCCAGUCGCUCAUCGUCGGAUAUGGCGUGCCGGCCAUCUGGUUCACCAUCAACCCGAACGACAUUACGAACCCGGUGAAGCUGCGACUGGCGGCAUACCGCACACGCGAUCCCGACGCGGCCGAGGAGUUCUUAGAAGGCCUUGGGGAUGCGUAUAAGCGGGCACGGCUGGCGAUAUCGGAUCCCAUGAGCUCGGCCGUGUUCUUCCACCGCGAGAUGAAGCUGUUCUUCGAUCAUUACGUGAAGGUCGGUGAAGAGUCGGUAUUCGGGCGCAUCGGCAAGUACUAUGGCGCCGUGGAGACGAACGAACGAGGGCGCUUCAUGUUCACGGCUUGCUCUGGCUGCACGGGAACGCGCAUCUCAGCUCGAUGCUUGCCGACAUCCACGGGGAGGAUCAGGCGGCGUAUCGCGAGCGAAUCGUCCGAUACAUCGAUAGCGUCUUCUCAGAGGCAGGAUCUGACCAGGAAAGUUUUUGCGCCGUGCAAGCGGAGCGAUCUGUGA